AUGGCGUGCAUCGUGCUCGUGCCCCUCGGCUUGUUCGCCGGCUCCAUGCUGUACUUCAUCGGCUUUCGGUGGGGCCUCAGCAUCCUCGUCGUCGUCUCGGUCCUCUUCUACCUCCACUGGCCGUUAACGAUCCUCGUCGACCACAUCGGUGACGACAACGUGGCCAGUGGGAUGAGCCUCCUGGUGCAACAGCCGGCGGCAGGAACGUCGUCGGCGCACGCCACCGUGGCCGUGCCGGCAUACUUGUACGAGAAGAAGGCCGGCGGCGACGAGUGCGCGAUCUGCCUCGGAGAGCUGCAGCGCGGGGAGGUGGUGAAGCAGCUUCCGGCGUGCACGCAUCUGUUCCACGAGGGUUGCAUCGAUGUGUGGCUGAGAUCGAACGUCACCUGCCCGGCGUGCCGGUCUCCGGUCGAUGCCGCGCCGCCGGUGGCCGCGCAAAUUCUGCUGCGGACAGAAUAA